CCGGAAGGGGGUGGCUGCGGGUUCGGCUCCGCCCCGGGGCUGCCUCCCAGCGGGUUCCGUUGGCCGUGGCGGCCGCCGAAGCUAUGGCAGCGGUGGCUGCGAGGCGGGCGUAAGAUGGCUACAGCCGCGGUGGGACCCCUGGGCCUGCUAUGGGGCUGGCUAUGGAGCGAGCGCUUCUGGCUGCCUCAGAACGUGAGCUGGGCGGACCUGGAGGGCCGGGGCGACGACUACCCGCGCGCUCGCCACCUCCUGUCGGUGUACCCGCUGGCGGCGGGCAUCUUCUCCGUGAGGUUUCUCUUCGAACGGUUUAUUGCCAAACCCUGUGCACUUCGACUUGGCAUUGAGGAUAAUAGGUCUGAGGUUGAACCCAAUGCCAUCCUUGAAAAGGUGUUUAUAUCCAUUACUAAGAAUCCUGAUAAAAAAAGGCUGGAGGGUCUGUCAAAGCAACUGGACUGGGAUGUCCGAAAAAUCCAAUGCUGGUUUCGCCAUCGGAGGAAUCAAGACAAGCCCCCAACACUCACUAAAUUCUGCGAAAGCAUGUGGAGAUUGAUUUUUUAUUUAUGUAUCAUCUGCUAUGGAGUUAUAUUUCUGUGGUUGUCACCUUGGUUCUGGGAUACCCGACAGUGCUGGUAUGGCUAUCCAUUUCAGCCCCUCUCCAAAGGUCUUUUUUACUAUUAUAUCGUGGAAUUGGCUUUCUAUUGGUCUCUUAUGUUUUCUCAAUUUAUAGACAUUAAAAGAAAGGAUUUCCUAAUGAUGUUUGUGCAUCAUUUGGCCACUGUUGGGCUUAUCACCUUCUCCUACAUAAACAACAUGGUUCGGGUAGGAACACUGGUCCUGGGUCUACACGAUUUUGCAGACUGCUGGCUGGAAGCUGCCAAGCUGGCCAAUUACGCCAAGUAUCAGCGCCUCUGUGACACCCUUUUCGUGAUCUUCAGUGUAGUUUUUAUGAUUACCCGUCUAGGACUCUUUCCGCUCUGGAUUCUGAACACGACCCUCUUUGAGAGUUGGGAGAUAAUCGGUCCCUAUCCUUCCUGGUGGUUCUUCAAUGGCCUUCUCCUGAUCCUACAAGUUCUGCACAUCAUCUGGUCAUACCUAAUUGCACGAACUGCUCUCAAAGCCUUGAUCCGGGGAAAGGUAUCUAAGGAUGAUCGCAGUGAUGUAGAAAGCAGCUCAGAGGAAGAAGAUGAGGCCAAGAACACAAAAGGCCUCUCUGACAACAACUCUGGCAAUGGUGCCAAUUGUGUAAAUGGCCACCUUGGAGACAGUUACUGGGCUGAAGAGUAAGGGGGCACGGGAACUUGAGCACACAUGGACUUGUAGGGCUGCUGGCAACCUACUCCUUUGGGGCCUCCCAACAACUGCCCUCCUGAGACUAGAGGGACUGCGAGGCACUGAGGAGACCAAAGAAACAAAUUCUCUUUCAAAAAAAAACAAACUGUCAUUUUGUAUUUAAUACCUUCCAAGUCCUUUCAGUAAUGGUAUUUGCUCUUUGUGUGUGUUUGUGUGUACAUUUCUGCAUGUGCAUUUGGGCAUAUGCAUGGGUUUUAUCACCUAGGUUGUGACACAGCUGUGGACUGAGGCCACUAGGUCUCUUUUGAAUCCACUAGCCAAAUUCCAGAUUUGGCUGCAUUUUGAAUUAUGCUAUCUGUAGUCUGUCUCCUCCCUUGUGGCCUAUGGCUUUUGAGACUGAAUUCCUGGACCAUCUGAAUGAAGCAAACAGGUUCACCUCCACCUUUCUACACUGUUCUCUUGGAACAGGAAGGACUUUUUCACACUGUCAUGCUGUUUAAAAACAAAACCUUAGAUGGGUGGCCAGGAUCCUUGUGGUCCCUAGCUAGAUACUCUUCCCACCACCUGAUGGUGACGGGACAACUGCUCAUCCCCUGCUCUUAACUCAAUGGUACACAGGGAGGGGUCACUGUGAGGAUAGGCUGAGGGCCAGAGUACAACAGCCACUGAGUGAGCUGUGAACAGUUUUAUACUAUUGUUUACUCUUCUGUGAUUAAAGUGCUUCAACCCUCCUA